CCCUCUCACUGUGAACCCCCGUCCCUGCAGCGGGGCCAUUGCGGGCAAUCCUCUGGGUGUGGACCGGGAGCUGCUCCGAGCAGAACUGAACUUUGGGGCCAUCACGCUUAACAGCAUGGAUGCCACCAGUGAGCGAGACUUUGUGGCCGAGUUCCUGUUCUGGGCUUCGCUGUGCAUGACCCACCUCAGCAGGAUGGCUGAGGACCUCAUCCUCUACGGCACCAAGGAGUUUGGCUUUGUGCAGCUCUCAGAUGCCUACAGCACUGGAAGCAGCCUGAUGCCCCAGAAGAAAAACCCAGACAGCCUGGAGCUGAUCCGGAGCAAGGCGGGGCGUGUAUUUGGGCGGUGCGCCGGGCUCCUGAUGACCCUGAAGGGACUCCCAAGCACCUACAACAAGGACCUGCAGGAAGACAAGGAAGCUGUGUUUGAAGUGUCAGACACCAUGAGUGCUGUCCUCCAGGUGGCUACUGGCGUCAUCUCUACACUGCAGAUUCACCGUGAGAACAUGGCACAGGCUCUCAGCCCUGACAUGCUGGCCACUGACCUCGCCUACUACCUGGUUCGCAAAGGGAUGCCAUUCCGCCAGGCCCACGAGGCCUCCGGGAAAGCCGUGUUCAUGGCCGAGACCAAGGGGGUCGCCCUCAACCAGCUGUCGCUGCAGGAGCUGCAGACCAUCAGCCCCCUGUUCUCGGGCGACGUGAGCUGCGUGUGGGACUACGGGCACAGCGUGGAGCAGUACGGUGCUCUGGGGGGCACGGCGCGCUCCAGCAUCGACUGGCAGAUCGGCCAGGUGCGAGCGCUGUUGCGGGCACAGCAGGCCUAGACUCCUCCCCACGCCUGCUCUCAAAUAAAGCGGACCUAAGAGGAG